AUGGGAAUUAACAUCAAUCAGUUAACGGUUGCCAUAAUCGGCUGUGGUACCCUAGGAACCGCAAUUGCUACUGGUAUUCUUGAUCCAAAAGAUGAAGAAGCUUUCCAAAUCAAGCGCCUCAUCUGCACUGUCGGAACCGAGCCAUCUCAAACCCGCGUCGAAAAUGCCCUCUCUGAUCACAAAUCGCGACUCACAGUUUUCACAGCGGAUGACAAUAUUCGCACUAUCCAAGAAGCAGAUGUAGUGAUAUUGGCAUUUAAGCCCUUCAAGAGAGCCGACGUCUUUGCAGUUCCCGGAUUCAAAGAGGCUUUGCAGGAUAAAAUUGUCCUUAGCAUCAUGGCCGGCAUUACUAUCGCUGAAUUGAACCGCCUUACCUUCGGAGAAAAUGGCGAUGACUCGAACAGUCAAAGGUCGCUUCAGUCUGUCCGUGCGAUGCCCAAUAUGGCAGCUAGAAUCCGAGAGGCUGUGACAUUAUACACCGCGAGUCCCGUCACCACCAAGGAGAACCUCGAGCUUGCAUCUUGGGUAUUUCGCCAGGUCGGCGAGGCCCAUCAGAUUCCUGAGAAGUCUUUUGAUAUAUGUGCAGUCUUGGUCGGUUGUGCCGGCUCGCUGCUGCUCCUUGCCAUCGAUGGAUUGCUAGAUGCUGCUGUUGCCGAGGGUGUCAGGCGACCGGAGGUGCAGAAUUUGGUGGUGAACAGUGCGAUUGGUAUGAUGAAACUGGUACCUGCAGGAGAUCAUCCAAGUGUCCUACGAGAAAAAAUUGCCUCUCCUGGAGGAUGCUCUAUUCGAGCUCUCUUGGAACUUGAAAAGCUUGGAAUUCGUUCAGCGUUCACAAGUGCAAUCCUAGCAGCGGCGGAGAAGUCGAAAAAGAUGUCCUCUACACGUUAA